UUUUUUCUCAUUUAUGGAAGUAAAUGAAGAAGAAAUCCCAGAGGGUGGAGGAGGAGGUUUAAGGCUUAGAGGAGUUAGUUUAGACAACAAUUCCCCUUUAAACGCAAACGAAUUUACUGAUGAAAGUUUAAGACGAGGGAAUGUUCCAAUAAUAUUUAGUAGUCAACAACAACAAAAUACCAGUUAUAGGACAGCUAGUAGUGUAAUUGUUGACCGUAGAAGAAUUCAACAUGUCAGGAUUCAAUUAGAGGGCAAGUUGAAUUUUUUGUUAUUUUUUAAGGGGGAGGGGGGGGGGAGGAAUGCUUUUUUAAUUUAA